AUGCUAUACUACACGGGUCUCCUUAUCGCAGCGGUAUAUCUGGGCAAGCUUUCUGACCACGUUGUGGAGCAUUCAUACUCUUUAAAUAACUUGCAGGGUCUGUCACAGAACAACAGGAAAUGGAUUGUCCAUGUCCUCUGCGUUUUUGCUUUGAUUGUCGAAGCUGAAUCCAAAAUACACCCGUCAAAGAAGGCGAAGGUGCAGGUUCUACAUUCUCGUGUGACCAGUCUGCGUAGAUUCUUCAUUAUUUUUAUCGUCUGCGGAUUAGGAUACGGACUCGGACGGAUCACAGAGAGAUUCUAUGGAUUCACAUUCACGUUAUGUGCAGGUUUGGGGCGUUUACACCUUAGUGAACACCCAAAUAUCCUGGCCACGGUGAUGGGGGACGUAUGUGGCCAAUCACUGGUCAUCCUGAUUCUCCAGGUUGCCGGCGCCGCCGAGACGCUGUUGGUGAAGACGGAAAUCCUCCAGCCUGAACAAGACGACAAGCCUAAAGACGGAGAACCCCCUGAUCCGAACCAGAGAGUCCGCUUUGGGAGAUUGCUUGUCGAGAGCAUUGUUUGGUAUUAUGUUUGGUCUUUUCUUCCUCCUACUAUCCAGAAACUGGUUGGCCCCAGCGCAGUCUUCGAGAAAAUCGCCCUCGUCACAGUAUAUUGGAUAGUCAGCAAGUGGAUCCCAAAUAUAGGAGACCGUGUCGCCGGUGCCACGAUUGAAUCACUGUUUCCAGCGUGA